AAGACUAAGGCCGAGCAAGACACGAGCAAGGCUGAGUCAGACAAGAAGGCGCUGCAGGAGCAGCUUGAGGCGCUGAAGACUAAGGCCGAGCAAGACACGAGCAAGGCUGAGUCAGACAAGAAGGCGCUGCAGGAGCAGCUUGAGGCGCUGAAGACUAAGGCCGAGCAAGACACGAGCAAGGCUGAGUCAGACAAGAAGGCGCUGCAGGAGCAGCUUGAGGCGCUGAAGACUAAGGCCGAGCAAGACACGAGCAAGGCUGAGUCAGACAAGAAGGCGCUGCAAGAGCAGCUUGAGGCGCUGAAGACUAAGGCCGAGCAAGACACGAGCAAGGCUGAGUCAGACAAGAAGGCGCUGCAGGAGCAGCUUGAGGCGCUGAAGACUAAGGCCGAGCAAGACACGAGCAAGGCUGAGUCA